AUGUGUAGAUCUUUCAGUAGUUUUAGAUGUAUAACAAUGAGUACAAUAAAAAGAUAUGCAUCAAAUCAUGCACCAUUAGAUUCUUCAAAAUUGAUAAUUGAAAAAACAACCACCCCAAAAAUAAAAUUACCAAAUGAUAAAUUAAUAUUUGGUAAAACAUUUACUGAUCAUAUGUUGGAAAUUGAAUGGACAGAAGAUAACGGUUGGGGUGCUCCUAAAAUCUCACCAUACCAUGCUUUAAAAUUAGAUCCUUCAACGGUUGUAUUUCAUUAUGCUUUUGAAUUAUUUGAAGGUUUAAAAGCAUAUAAAGAUCCCCAGGGGAAUAUUCGAACUUUUAGACCUAAUAAAAAUAUGGAAAGAAUGAAUGAAUCAGCAGAAAGAAUAGCAUUACCAAAUUUUGAAUCUGAAGAAUUAUUAAAAUUAAUUGAUAAAUUAUUAAUUGUUGAUAAAGAUUUCGUACCUGAAGGAAAAGGAUAUUCAUUAUAUUUAAGACCAACAAUGAUUGGAACAACUGCAGGUUUAGGUGUUGGAACUCCGGACAAAGCAUUAUUAUAUGUUAUUGCAUCACCCGUUGGACCAUAUUAUUCUAGUGGAUUUAGACCUGUUUCUUUAGAAGCUACUGAUUAUGCAGUUAGAGCUUGGCCUGGAGGAGUUGGUGAUAAGAAAUUAGGUGCAAAUUAUGCUCCUUGUAUUGUACCACAAUUACAAGCUGCUAAACGUGGAUUUCAACAAAAUUUAUGGUUAUUUGGAAAAGAAGGAUAUAUUACUGAAGUAGGUACAAUGAAUGUUUUUUUUGUAUUCAAGGAUAAAGAAUCUGGUAAAAAAGAAUUAGUUACUGCGCCAUUAGAUGGUACUAUACUUGAAGGUGUAACAAGAGAUUCAAUUUUACAAUUAGCUAGAGAUAGAUUAAAUCAAGAUGAAUGGAUUAUAUCAGAAAGAAAAUUUACAAUUUAUGAAGUUGAAGAAAAGGCUAAAAAUGGUGAAUUAAUAGAAGCUUUUGGUGCUGGUACAGCUGCAGUUGUAUCACCAAUUAAUAAUAUUGGAUUUAAGGGUGAAAAUAUAAAUGUACCUGUAUCAUUAGAAAGUUCUGGUGAAUUGACUGCACAAAUUGGAGAAUGGAUUAGGAAAAUUCAAUACGGAGAAGAAGAAUAUAAAGAUUGGUCAAGAAUAGCUAAAUAA